UCGACAGCGACAUCGACGGACAUCAAGUUAUUUUUCUUUCACUAGCUUGAAAAGUGUGAAUUUAUUGUUAAUUGGCUACACAAAAUGGCAGAAGCAACUAGAAUUACAUACUCCUCUUUACAUGAACCUGAAAUAGAACAUGAAGAUGCAAAAGAGACCUUGAGGACAUUGAAGAAAUGCCAUGACAAGGCUUAUGCUGAUAUUCAGAUAGCCUUGAGACAAGAUGAACAAUCCAAAAGAGAAGAGGCCAUACGAUUCUAUACCAUGGGGCUGAAGAGCAUUGCCCAAGCAAUGAAGAUCAAUUGCUCAGGUACGUAUUGUGUAGGAUCGCAAUGGGACCAUGCUAGAAACAUGCAACAGAAGAUGAAGAAGACGGCUGUUCAAAUGAAGACCAGACUUGAAUGUCUGGAACAGGAGCGGAGCUCAGACGCAACGGGUGCAGCUUGUGGGACCAACCAGGAUGAAGUGGAUACAGACAUUCUAAGCAUCUAUGAGGAGAAUAGUUCCUCUCUAAGUCUACCCUUGUAUGCUCAGUCAACGACAGACGCCAGAGAGGUGUUGCACAUUAAACAUGGUGUCCAGCUCUUCUUCAUCAACUCCAGCGGUCAUGUGAGUGCACCUAGUACCCCAGGACCUCUCAAGAUGUAUAAGUUCCCAGAGGACCAGGCACUGGGACAGGACCAGCCUCCUGCAUUCUUGCAGAUAGGAGAGUGGCUGUACCCUCUCCUACCUGGCCAGUCUCCCUCUCUCAAGGCUGCUGACGGGGUCUAUAUGUUUCCUGAUCUGAGCUCAUUGGACAAGGGGGAUAGUGUUGGUGUCAUGUUCUCAGCACAAGUGUCAAAAUCUGAGAAAUUGAAAUUCCAGCAGCUCAUUGAACAGCUGACUGCCAUGAAAGAAGAGGAGAUACCUUCAGUGCAGGAGGCUGCAGCAUCACAGGUACCGAGUGUGAAUCACAGGGUACCGAGUGUGGAUCACAGGGCACCGUCUGAACGGACUGAUGAAAGGGAGAUGAAUGAGGAGGCUAUGGACACCCAAGAAGAAGGACAGAAAUCUCGAGAUGUCAGUCAGAAGAUUGCAAAGGGCCUUGAAGUUGGUGCUGAAUGGAUAUCAUGGGGAGUAGUGAAAGGAGCAGAGAUAGGAAGCAGAUUGGUUGGUUCUGGUGCCAAGAAACUAAAAGAACACAUCCAGCCUGAUGACCAACCUAAGGAGAUUGAUGAGAAAUAUCAGACUGGGAUGGUGUAUGCCAAGAAAGCCACAGGAGUUGCCGUCAAGGUGAGUGUGGUAGUCCUUGACAGUGUAUGUUUCUUGACCAAGCGUGUGGCUGAAGAGGUGGGACCCAUAAUCAGUAAGCAAGCCAACAAGAUGCUGACCAAUGGAGAGGAUGAGACGGACGGAAAGACUAAAGCUGUCAUAGAGGGCGUGAUGACUGUCACUGCAAGUGGUCUCAUAGGAUUUGGGAAAGUAUAUCGUGGAUUGGAGACUGCAGCUAUUCAGCUGGCGAAGAGUGUAUCACAGGCAACUGUUGAAACUGUAGAACACAAAUAUGGUGUAAACGCUGGUCGAUUGACAGGCACCUCACUGGCCACUGUGGGUAACAUAGGUAUAUCGGCCCAUAACUUCAACAACAUCGGUGUGAAGGCAAUCGCCAAGAGGACUGCAAAGGAUACUGGGAAGGUUGUCGUCAGAGAAAUGUCGGAGUCUAAUGAUUGCAACAAAAAGCCCAAGAAAACAUGAUACUAGUGAAAUCAGGAUGGAACAACUCAUGUGAUAAGCAUUAAAUUUGAGAAGUUUACUUUUGUUAGGAAUUGUUUAUCUAGAGAGCAUUUUGCUUUAAAGAAUGAAUGAAGCUUGACAGACAUGAUGUUUCCCUAAAGAUGUAAUGAGAUCUAAAAUUCAUGUUCACAGGAAGCUGUGUUUAAAUAAAUUGAUGUCUUUCAUGUGCCUGUUAUAGUCAAAUGGGAACCUAUCACCUUAAUACAGUGUAUACAAUAGAUAUUUAAUUGGUUGAUCAACUAGGUCAAAUAGUCUUCAACUCUUGGCAUUUUAGUUCAGGAAUUCUGAUCUGAUGAUAGUGGUUGAUUCAAUUUAUUAUCAAUUUUUCCCUUUCAAGUGAUGUUAGACUUGGUGAAUGACAUACAAUUAUGUUAUCACCAUCAUUCUCAACAAGUCUUGAUAAUAUUCAUGGAACAGUCAUGUUCGUAACUUACAGGAGUGUUGCAUAGUGGUGAGAUUGCAGAGGUUACUUGGAGAUAUUCAUGGGCUUACAGAUAAUUUCUUUUAUUGAGAAAUUUUUCUUUUGAGGGGAAAUAGGUUGAUGUACAUGUGCCUUUUUUGUCUUCAAUAAAUUUAUUACCUCUAACUAUGAUAUUAUAUCUUACAUUGAAUCUCAUUAAUUUCUGGUUGAUUUUAAAAGUUAAAUUUCUUUGGUACCAAGUUAUCGCAUGACGCAUGUUAAGUUUAUUUAUGAAAUUCAAAUAUCAGGUUAUGUGUUUGUUUAAAAAAAAUAUCCAUGCUAGUUUACUUAAUUAGAAUAUCACCUUCAAACUGUUACUGUUGUAAAGAGACAUAAUGGUCUAAAUAAAGGUGUAAAUGACUCUUGAAUACCUAGACUACGCUUUUAAUAACAUAAAUUAACUAAAAGUGCUGAUAUUCAUGUGAAAUUUAUUUUGUCUCUCAUGCUCUUUAAGAUCUAACUGUGAUAUGUUUUUUUUUUAAGUUGAGAUUAUUUUAUGUCUUUUAUCAUACAGAAAUUAUUUGGGGGAGUGGUUCCCUGUAUCCUGUUCAUGUUGAGAUAUAUUUUUCAGUUCUGUGUAUUUCUUUGAGAUUAGAAAAGGAUUUAAAUUUGUCUGGAAAGUUUUGACAUUAUAUUUAUGCUUAUUAAUGCUUCGUAGAUGCUGACAGAGAUAUUGCCAAGAAGAUUUGCUGAAAUUGUGUCGUAACAUUUUUUUAAAUCGUACAAACUGCGGUGCAAUAUGGUAUGCAAGUUAUAUUAUGCUUAUUAAAGUACAGAGUAUAGAUGUAGACAUAUGUAGGUAUUUGGUAUGAUUGCCGGGCUAUUUGCACAAAACGAUAUUUAUAUAUAAAUGGCUGAAAUUCUUUUGAUUGGCGAACUAUUGCUGUGAAGUUAAGUUUAUCUAAAUUUCUAUUUGAGUGCUGUAUUGUGCAUAAUUAUUUGCAAGACUUCUGUUGCAAUAGCUGCAUAGUCUUGAGCAAUUUAAGUUUCUUUUUCAAUGAGUGGUGAUACUUUAUAAGAUUAUUCAAGAAUUUAGAGAGUGCUGAAGUUAUGCAAACAAUCAAAACAAUCAAAAACAUCUAUAAACAAGCAGUUAUCAAUCUCAUGUACAAAUAACGGAUCCAACUCAUACCUAAACUUGCUUCUUUUACUUUAUUUGUAUUUGUAAAAACAAAAUGUAAUUUUAGUCAAUUCGGUGAUGGUAAACAAUGUUUAUUCAGGAAAGUACAUGUGUUUAUAUAUCAAGGCUAUUCACUACUUAUGAGCAAUGUAAAAGUUUGACCUUUUUGCUCACAGGUCAUUUCUAAAUGGGAAAAUCUAAGUUUUUUUUUUAAUUACUUAUCAUGUUUCCCACUUCAUCAGAGGAUUUACUAUAGUGAUGAUUCUAUUUGACAGCCCCAUUAGAGCUUGGAUCAGAGAAAAUAAAAAGGAAAAUGAAACUAGCGAUGCUGAUUAAUUAUGUAAUGUAUGGUCAGCAAAUCACCAAAUACCUUUUGACUUGCCCAUAAAGCAACCAAUAGGGGCUGGCAUGGCUAGACAGCAACAGAAAUUACAAGCAACCAACACCCAGAUAUAUGACAAAAGAAGGCCUACAAUACAGAUUUUUUUUUCUCCAUUUAAAUAAAAGUUCAUGGCAAUAAUUUUGUAUACAGCCAUAGCUUACAGGCUGAUGACGUGCUCAGGAGAUAUAUUCCCUCUUAUAAGAUAUUUUCCUAAGAUCAUUGUUUUUGUGAAAAGUUAUAUGUGUUAUGUAUAUCAUUGUCUAGAAAUAACUAUAUAUUUGACUGUAAAA